CUCUUCAUGCUGGUCUGCAUUCCGGGAAAUCUCAUUACGGUGAUCGCAUUAUUUCGCACCAAAAAGCUAAAAAAUGCUACCGCGGUCUUCAUUAUGAAUCUCUCGAUAUCAGAUUUGAUGUUUUGCUGUUUCAAUUUACCACUCGCAACUUCAACGUUCUGGCAUAGGUCGUGGUUGCACGGACCACUUCUAUGUCGGCUGUUUCCGCUCUUGAGGUACGGCCUCGUUGCAGUCAGCCUCUUCAGCGUUCUCGCGAUCACAAUCAAUCGCUACGUCAUGAUCGGUCAUCCUAGUCUCUAUUCUACGUUGUAUAAAACGAAGUUCUUAAUACCGAUGGUUUUGGCGAUAUGGAUUAUUGCUUUUGGCUUGCUGGUCGUCACGUGGUUCGAACGAUUUGGACGUUUUGGAUUAGAUCCUGUUAUCGGAUCCUGUACGAUUCUGCCGGACAUAAACGGGCGGAGUCCAAAAGAGUUCCUUUUUGUCCUCGCAUUUUUAAUACCCUGCCUCGCUAUUAUCGUUUGCUAUGCUAGGAUUUUCUACAUCGUUCGCGAAACUGCUUCGAAGAGUAGAAGCAGAGUGAAGAUCUUCAAUGUAGAACCGACGGAAAUUAGCCAUGACCAACCGUCCACUACGAAAAAUCAAGAGCAAGAGCUUUCUGUCCUUUGCGUUCCUUUCUCAUCGAUGCAAGCGGUUCUUCUUAAUCCAAACGAAGGAAAGAAUCUCGAACUACCAUCCACAUCCGCCAAUGAAGAUUCAUCAUCGUCCAAGCUAAUCCACGAACAAAAAACGAAUGGUACGAUGAAUAUGCAUACAGAUGAUCGAACCACGAAUAUUGCGAAGUCCAACAACGGUUACGAUGCUUCUGAAGUCAGCCUAUCGGAAGAUAUACUAUUUUUGGACGAACGUGCAAUCGAGAAAUCGGAUUUCACAGAAACGAGACUGUUUUUUAAUCGGAACCAGUGCGGACUACAACGGAAAUUAUCGGAAAACCCUUGCGGUCGACUGGGAAGGUUGACUGGUCAAGCAUCCUUCAUCGUGGAGUCCUCACUGCAGAGGAUCGCAGGUGGCGAACACUCGGAUCGAUUGGAUUCCAGACCACUCGAAGAAAUUAACGAAUCUCAUGCAAGAAAGGCAUUUCGCAGACAAUCAAAGUUCAUGAGUGUCGGCAGAAUGUGUAACGGUGCCGAGUACGCUACGCCUAAGAUGUCCGUCAAGGACCGGAAACUGUUGCAGAUGAUCCUCGUGAUAUUCGUGUCGUUUCUAGUGUGCUAUCUGCCGAUCACCGUCACGAAGCUUUUCCAGGGGGCGGUUUUCCAGGACUGGCAGGGCCUCAAUAUCGCCGGCUACAUACUCAUCUAUCUGACGACCUGCAUCAAUCCUGUUAUUUAUGUUGUGAUGAGCUCCGAGUACAGGAGCGCGUAUAGAUACGUGUUGCUGUGUAAAAGAUGAACAGAAAAUAAACGGAAGGAGGGUCUACUGACACUCAGCCGAACGUCUGAAUAUAAAUAA